AUGCAGCCCGCUGGCAAAAACACCCACCCCAAACCCCUCGAUGAUUACGACCGCAUGUCAGACGAAGGAAGGGCAGAGUUACAAAAACGAGUAGGAAAGGGCCAUUAUGCGAUUCUGAGGUCUCUGGCCCAAAAACGUGGGCCUGAAGAAGCUACUCCAGAAGAAGGAUUUCAGACUCGAAACGCAAAACGUCGCAAAGCUAUCUACGAAGAGAGUGAUUCUAGUAACUCAGGCAGCAGUUCAGAGGGAGGUCAUGAAGACGACGAAGAGGAUCAACAAGAUGACAGCGAUAACAGAGUCACUCGUCAGACAAGAUAUACCCAUCAUUUCAGAUCCGAUAUUGAAGACACUGAUAAUUCACCUGUUGUCGAUGCCCCAUUUACCUUCGAGCCUGACAACGGAUUGGAAGAGUUGAGGCACAUGCUGCUUAGACAGCAGUCAGAGAUCAAUGAGCUGAAAAGGAGGCAAGGAGAAGACAUCACCACUCUACGAGACAAUUUAUCGAAAAAUGAAAGGCGACUGGAUCAGUUGUCGUCAGUGUUCACGUCAACUACAAGCAAAAUAGAGGGUCGCCUUGAACGACAAUGCAAGAUCCUGCAACACAACACUCAGGCGUCUUUGGAGUUUGUCACUAAAUUAGAUGUGAAAGAAUUCGCCAAAAUGGCCGUCAAGGGCGUACUUGACGAGUUUCCACUCGAUCAAGAGAUCAAGGAUGCCGUAGUUGCUCAGUUUGAGAUUGAGAGACAUCGUUCUGUGGUCUUUCCAACUAAGAGUGCCAAGUCACAACUGAUCGUGCCAGUUUCUGGCAUCGUUGUUUCUAGUGGUACUGAGAACGAUCCCAGGCUUGACGCUCCAGAGAAUGACUCUAAUUUAGGAAGCGACGAUGCACCUCUUCAAUCCAGCAGAAGAACUGGUAGCCCAACUCCAUCUGAAAGUAACGCACCUUCUGUUAUUAGAGGUGAAGCCUCAGAGGAUGAACGGCCUGUCACCACGAGACUUCCUGCCGUAACAUCUGGCGAUUUGAGUAUCGCCAACACCACAACUACAAAUGCUCUUGACUCCGCCAAGGGGGAGUUUAUCAUUCCAAGAUUCGGACCUUCACCACCCCUAAAAGAUACCGCAAAGACUGACUCCUUACUUACUACCCCUACUAGACAAACCACUCGGAGUGCAAGCCCGUUUCCAAGUGGCUAUACCCCAAAAAACAAUGGAAAGGCUAGGCUUCCCUCAUUCGGUCUUUCACAACCCCUGAAGACUACUAUAGAGACUGACUCUCUACCUGCUACCCCUACUAGACAAACCACUCGAAGUGCAGGCCCAUUUACAGGUGGAUAUAUCCCCAGCAAGCGGUCUGCCAUGCCUUCCAGGUUAUCAACUCCUAGCCGUGGUCAAGGCACCCAGAGAAAGAAAUCGGGGCAGCCCUCUGGGAUCACGAAGAAGAAAAGCGCGUCGGGUUAG